AUGGCAAUUAAGAUCAUUAUCAUUGGAUCUGGAGUCGGUGGUACAGCAGCAGCCGCCAGACUGAGCAAAAAAGGAUUUCAAGUGGAAGUUUAUGAAAAAAAUUCGUAUAAUGGCGGAAGAUGUUCAAUAAUUAGGCACAAUGGACAUCGAUUUGAUCAAGGUCCAUCAUUGUACCUCAUGCCUAAAAUAUUUGAGGAGACAUUUAAAGACUUAGGAGAAGACAUAAAAGAUCAUAUAGAAUUAUUACAGUGUAACAUUAACUACAAUAUUAAUUUUCAUGAUGGCCAACAAUUUCAACAUUCGUGUAAUUUAUCUAAACUACAACGAUCAUUAGAAAAAUUUGAAGGAGGAGGCGAGGACACUUUGUUGAGAUUUUUUAAUUUUUUGAAAGAAACCCACGUACAUUAUAGAAAAAGCAUUGAGUUGGCAAUGAGAACUGAUUUUCAAAAUUGGUACGAUUUUUUUAAUAUAAAACAUAUACCAACAUUAUUGAAGUUGCAUUUGCAUAGUUCUGUUUACACGAGAGCAUGUAAAUAUUUCAAAAGUGACUACAUGAGAAAGGCUUUCACAUUCCAGACUAUGUACAUGGGCAUGUCCCCGUACGAUGGAUUGGCCCCAUACAACUUGUUACAAUAUACCGAAAUAGCUGAAGGAAUCUGGUACCCAAAAGGAGGUUUUCAUUCGGUUUUGGAAAGUCUUGAAAAAAUUGCUGUAAAACACGGAGCAAAGUUUCAUUAUAACAGCGAUGUCCAAGAAAUAAUAACCGAUGGCAAUGGAGUGGCUAAAGGAAUCAAAUUGCAGAACGGUAAUGUGAUUAACAGUGACAUUGUUAUUUGCAACGCUGAUGCCGUUUACGCAUAUAACAAGCUUUUGCCAAAAACGUCGUACGCAGAAAAAUUAGGCAACAAGAAACUGACUUCGUCGUCGAUAUCGUUCUAUUGGUCGAUUAACCAGGUUAUACCUCAGAUGUCAGUGCACAAUAUAUUUUUGAGCGAAAAGUAUAAGCCAAGUUUUGACCAAAUAUUCGAGGAUCACUCGUUGCCAGACGAACCGUCGUUUUAUGUAAACAUACCAAGUCACAUCGAUCCCACAGCAGCACCAGAAGGUAAAGACACAUUCGUGAUUUUAGUGCCCGUGGGGCAUAUAUCAGACAGAACAGAUAUUGAUUUUGAUGAUCUCGUGAAAAGAGCCAGAGAACACGUGAUCAACUCAAUAGAGAAAAGACUGAAGAUUUCGAACUUCCGAAGUAUGAUCGAACACGAAAUGGUGAAUGACCCGAGAACGUGGCAAAGCGAAUUUAAUUUGUGGAAAGGUUCUGUAUUAGGGUUAUCGCAUUCAUUUUUUCAAGUCGCAUACUUCAGACCAAGUUUGAAAUGUAAAAUAUUCGAAAACUUGUAUUUCGUCGGUGCAUCAGUACAGCCCGGUACCGGAGUACCAGUUGUGUUAUGUGGUGCAAAAUUAUUAGAAAAACAAUUGUGUGCUAGGUUCUUGGAGGGUAAAGUUGAAAUGAACACAUGGUCGAAGUACUUUUCAUUUUUAAUCGGUCUUCUAGCACUUCUGAUUUUUUUUUUUUUCGGUUUUAAAAAUCAAUUAUAG